UUGCCAUUUAUUAAUUGUCGGAGUUUUGGCGUGACAAAUAUUCGAAAAUGGCUUUAAAACUGAAUCGUGAUGAUACUAUUAAUUUGAUACGAAUUUAUGAACAGUAUGAAUGCCUUUGGAAUUGCAGAAAGGAAUCAUACAGAAAUUCUGGUUUAAAAGAGAAAGCAUGGGAAGAGAUUGCAAACUACUUCGACACAGAUGUACACGAGAUGAAAAAGAAGAUUAAGUAUCUCCGCACAGCAUAUGUAGCCGAACUUAGAAAACUGGAGGAAUGGAAAAGAAAAGCUUCUAAUUCAACUGAAAUAUAUCAGCCUAAAUUGUAUUAUUAUAAUGAUUUCAACUAUUUGAGUAGUACAAUAGUGAUGAGAAGAAGAGAGUUUAUUGAGGAUGACGAGGAUAACGAUGAUGAAAUAAGUCUAAAAAAGGAAGACUCAUACGAUGAGUUAAGUAACGACAACUGCGAACGUCUACAAGAGAGUGAAGCUGUUUGGGAAAAAUGUGCUCCCGAAGAUUAUCUAGACGAGGACUUACAACAUCAAGAAUCUAAAAAAUUAAGAUUGGCGUCUCACCCAAACACCAAUUCGUCAACAUCUGCAAACAUUUCUAUAUUCAGUACGAAAGAUAAUCAACAUAAACGUUUCUCUAACAAGGCAUUGGGAACAGAUGAUAUGUAUUUAGCUUUUGGAACUAGCAUAGGUUUACAACUGAAACAUCUGAAACCUGUUAAUGCAGCUAAAGCUAUGGCUAAAAUACAGGGAAUUCUCACUGAACUUGCUGUUUCAGAAGUAUAAUUAAGUUUUUAUAAUUCAUUUCAUAUAGUAUUUUUAGACGUAAUAUUACAAAAAUUUUGUCCAAGGGGGUCCUAGCUUAAAUCCCCAUAAAAAGACUCGAUAAUUAAACACUAAACCUAAACGUAAACUAAACCUUCUAGAUCAAUUAAUAAAUAUGAUAUAAUCUUUA